CUGUGAGUUUGGAAACAGCUGUGAAAUGAAUUUUCAAAACAAAAUCGUUCUCAUUACCGGUGCUAGCUCAGGAAUCGGAGCUGCUACUGCAGUUUAUUUUGCUGGACUUGGUGCGGAUCUAGUUUUGGCGGCUAGAAAUGAAGCUAAUUUGACUAAGGUUGGCCAGGAAUGUGAAAAAGUUGGUAAACGAAAGCCACUCCUGGUGGUUACAGAUGUCACCAAGGAAGAAGAUAACGAGCGACUGAUUUCGAGAACCAUCGAACACUUCAAGAAACUGGACGUCCUAGUUAACAAUGCCGGAAGAGGCUGUGCAGGUUCGAUCGAAAACACCAGUCUGGAACAGUUCGACGAUAUGAUGAGCGUCAACGUCCGAUCGACUUAUAAUCUGACCAUGUUGGCUGUUCCACAUCUGAUCAAGACUAAGGGUAAUGUGGUGAAUUUGUCUAGCAUAGCUGGGAUACGGUCUUUCUCCAACUUUUUGGCAUAUUCAAUGGCUAAGGCAGCCAUCGAUCAGUUUACGAGAUGCGCUGCACUUGAUUUGGCGCCUAAACAAGUUCGGGUGAAUGCUGUCAAUCCAGGUUUUAUUGUUUCCAACUUCCAUCGAGAGGUCGGAAUGGAUGAAGAAACCUACAAGGCCUAUAUGGAACGGUCCAAAGGAACUCAUGCACUGGGAAGAGUUGGCGAAGGACAUGAAGUGGCAGCUGCGAUUGCAUUUUUGGCUGCCGAUACUGCCAGUUUCAUCACCGGAGUAAGUCUUCCCGUGGACGGGGGAAAGCAUGCAAUGUGUCCUAGAUAAACCUGGAAAGAUUAAUUUUACAAUCGUUGUAUCACGAAAUGUCUUAUUUGUUUAUUGAGUGAAUAUUCCUAAAUUAUUGUCCAAUCUAAUUGAAGUGAAAAUUAAUAAUGGUUUGUGAAUGAUUAAAAUCAAAAUUUAAAAUAAACAAUAAAACAACUAAGAA